GUGCGAAGCCCAGAAGCAUUGGGCAAUCGUGGUUUCCUCCCUGCCCUCAGGGACCCAGCCGUGCGAGCCCAGCCCCGAGGUGUCUCAGGACAUGGAAGAGACGGUUGUGCGGCCCUCAGUGUUUGUGGUGGACGGACAGACAGACAUCCCAUUCACACGGCUGGGGCCCAGCCGCCGCCAAAGACAGCCCUGCAGUGCAUCCCAGCUGGGCCUGGGCCUCCUGCUGCUGCUGCUGGCGGCUGGGCUGGCCGUCCAGGGCUGGUUCCUGCUGCAGCUGCACUGGCGUCUGGGGGAGAUGGUCACACCCCUGCUGGAUGGAGAAGCAGAAUCCUGGAAGCAGCUGACCCAAGGACGAAGGUCCCUCCAGGCCAACCCAGCAGCACACCUCACAGGUGCCAACUCCAGCCUGACGGGCAGCGGGGGCCCGCUGCUCUGGGAGACAAAGCUGGGCUUGGCCUUCUUGAGGGGCCUCAGCUACCGUGACGGCUCCCUGGUGAUUGCCCGGGCCGGCUACUAUUACAUCUACUCCAAGGUGCAGCUGGGGGGCGUGGGCUGCCCGCAGGGGCUGACCAGCGGCCUGCCCAUCACGCACGGCCUCUACAAACGCACACCGCGCUACCCCGAGGAGCUCGAGCUGCUGGUCAGUCGGCGGUCACCCUGUGGGCGAGCCACCGGCCCCCGCGUCUGGUGGGACAGCAGCUUCCUGGGAGGCGUGGUGCACCUGGACGCUGGCGAGGAGGUGGUCGUCCGUGUGCCGGAUGAGCGCCUGGUCCGGCUCCGUGACGGGACCCGCUCCUACUUUGGGGCCUUCAUGGUGUAA